CAUGGUUACGACUAGAGAACACAUAGUCGACAGUGAGGGCAGCGCUAGCCUGAGUAGCACGACUAGUUAAACUACUGCGUUAACAAGACUUAAACCAAAUGCGCCGCGGCGUGUCACUGAAGAAAGAGUUAAGACCUCCUAAUAAUUCAGAGAACAAGAAGCUAAAAACUCCUCUGGAGUUGUCCAUCUUGGGUGAUGACCAGUCCAAGAACACUACUUUUAAAGGCGAUAUCCAGGCUCUGGCCAGUUACCCAGAGGACCUCCACAAAGUCCAUGUACCAAAGCCACCCAAGGGCCGUCAGAAUCCAGCGCUGGUGGCUUGUGUGGGUAAUACGGAGCCAGCUGAUGAAGAUAAAAGCGCUGCUCAGGGGGUUGUGGCUCAUCCAGUGAGUCUGGACCCUGACUCUCAACCUCUGUAUGACACAGGACUGGAAGGGAUUCGAUUUGAUGACCAAGGGAUGGUUCUUCCACACAGCAUCCUUGGUAGUUUAGAGGAUUUCAGACAUUUUCUGGAAGCCACUGAAGAAACAGAGUUGGUGAAGCGAAUACUAACGUCUCGGAGAGAUCCCUCAGCUGAGGCCUCAGAGAGCCAUCACGCUGAGGCCGUAGAGAGUGGGGUCCCUUCAGGCCACAGAAACAUCCAGAGUAAUGCCCUGAAGCAUUGGCAUGUACAUAUGAAGCAGCGCAUACGGCAGCAGGAGUUCUUAUCUGACUUGCUAGACAGACCAGUGGAAACCUUGCUGAUGAACCAAGCUGACCGUUUCAGAGAAACUCAGGAGCAGAGGAUAUUUCUAAACCAAGUCCUGCCUCUCAUCCACUCUGGAUAUGGCUACCAUGUAGGAGGUGAGUUUUGGAGUCUCCCCCAGCGUUACGGAGAUGAAAUGAGCGGUAUCACAGCCACUCUGACUCAGACAGAGCAGGGCAGUCGGGAACCUGUCACAUAUGUAGGACGACCGAGCAGCAUACUGCGGGAAUCAGGAAUCCUUUGUGAUGAGUCUGUGCGUCCAGCCUCUAGGACUUGGGACCAAAGUACGUACCUGCAGCACCAGUACCAGGAGCUCAGGAAGGUCCUAAGGGAUACUGACACUAAAAAGCCGGACAUCAGUGGACUGGAAGUGAUUGGGUCUGGCAAGCCAUUCACUUGUGUCACAGUGAGCCGCAGCCCCAUACUGGAGAAGGAGGAAGAGGAGAAUGAACAAGAGGAGAUGACAGAGAACCUGCUUAUGACACAGUCCAAGAGGACUCUAAACAGUGAUCCA